AUGGAAGUCUUGCUUGAUAAUUUAUAUAAAAAAUUGAAAGCUAAAAAUCAGUACAAGGAAUUCGAACAAAAAUAUUCACUUUUAAAAACCGACGAAGACAGAGUAAAAUUUACAAUGAAUAUUUUUAAAGAAAAUGACAUCAAGUUUGAAAUAAAUGGAAAAGAGAAAAAUAAAUCUGAUGCUACUCAAUACAACGAAAAAGCUACCAAACUUUACAUUUCGCAAAAAAAAAGUGGUAAGACAAUGGAUCUUGAUUCAAUUAUUAAAUUAUAUACAAAGAGUGUAGCAUACGCACCGGCUAAUUCAUACAUUUUAUCACUGGCGUAUGCCAACAGAUCAUUGGCUUUGUUUAAAGCGAGGCUUUACCGCGACUGCAUUGAUGAUAUUGAACAUGCUCUACUGGUUGGUUGUCCAGAAAAAUUGAAAAUUAAACUUGAUGCACGGAAAGUUCGCUGUCGUGAGAUAUUGGACUCACCAAAUUCAACCCCAGAGAGAAGAAAUUUUCGGGAACUGGAACAAGCUUCAAAGCAAUUAGAAAAAGUAGAUCUGAACGCUAAGACUAUGAAAAUUGUUAAGAAAACCACACAAAAUUCAGAUGAAUCAGUAUCAAAAAACAAUGAAUUCAUAAAAUUAGAUGGCAACAGAAAUUUGCCUCAAGUGCCGAACGAUAAUGAAGAAAUUCCGGGUGCAUCAUCUGCUAUCAAACUUGUGUAUUCUGAAGAAUUUGGAAGACAUGUUGUUGCUACGCGAGAUAUUGAACCUGGCGAAGUUCUGGCAGUCCAACAAGGAUAUGUCUCUAAUUUAUUUCCUGAAAAUUUUUACAGUCACUGCAUUUACUGUAUGAAACAAACUUGGUCAGGAAUUCCUUGUGACAAGUGUGUCUACGCAAUUUAUUGUUCAGAAAAUUGUCGAAAAGCAGCUUGGAUUAAACAUCAUGAUAUUGAAUGCCAAGUAGUUGGUCCUUUGAUUGAGGUCGGUAUGGAGAAUCUUGGAUUGAUGAGUUUGAGAUUGCUUGUAACAGCCUACAAGGAAACAGAAGAUUUAAAAGUAUUAAAGAAUCACCUUAAAGUAAUUGAUUCGUUAACUGAUCCGAGAACUCGAGGAUUUACUGGAAAGAUUUUAGAUGAUAAAAAAUACGCUAGUGUUUACACACUGGAAACAAAUUCUGAAAAUAGACCUAAUGAUGAUCUAUUUGAAAGAUCUUUCAAGGCUGCUUACAUAACGUUUGUACUUGCUAAAAAAACUGAAAUUUUUGGUAAAAUAUUACCAUCAGGUGAUUUAGGAAAUUUGAAAGACCAUCAAUGGUUUACUUUUGUUGGUGGAUUGAUUAUGAGACAUCAGCAAAUUAUUCCAAAUAAUGCACAUAUGGCAUGUGAAUUUUAUAGAAGUGAAGAAAGUUUGAGCCUCGUUCCUCAUGAACAUGGAAGCGCACUUAUGCCUUUUUUUAGCUUAUUCAAUCAUAGUUGUGUUCCUUCAGUUUUUUUGGGUGGCUUUGGAAACAAAAUUGCUGCGAUUUCAACGCGUGUUAUUAAAAAAAAUCAACAAAUUUUUGACAAUUACGGGAUGCAUUACGUUCAUAUAAGAGAUAAACGUUCAAGACAAACUUAUUUACAACGAAGAUUUUUUUUUGUUUGCAAAUGUGAAGCUUGUACUGAUGUUUGUCUUAAUGCUCAUGGACCUGAAUCUUACAUGUUUACAGGAUUAGGGUCACUAGCAAACGCUCGAAUUCACAAGGCACUGAAAAAUUUAAAUAAAUAUUUUAAAAUGUUCAUGUUUGGGAAUGAUGACAUAAUUGAAGACAGUGAAGCAGUUGUAGAAGAUUUGAACAAUAUGUUAAAAGUUUUAGAAGAAUAUGUUGAUCUUUACUGUUGUGCUGAAGCAAUUAAAAUUUUUUCAAUUUGGGAAAAAGUCUAUAGCCUUCGAGGUAAUCGUUGGCAAUCAGUUAAUGUCUAA